UUGUUGAAAUUGUAGCAACCCUGCAAGUGGUGAGUGGUGAAUUUUUAUUAGCUGCUGCUGUUUGUCUGUGCCAGAAAUAAUUAAAUAAAAUCUUUAUAAAAACAUUUAAAACCUAUUAAAUCAACAUAUUACCCGAAAAAAUCAGAAAUAUUACGUGUAUUCUUAAAAAAUCGGGAAACAGUGGACUACAGUUAUAUCGUGGGAUUACCAAAUUCUGCUAUAUUUACAUACAAUUUUGAAGGUUUGCAUCGCCUAAAUUCACAAAAGAUAAUUUUCAAAAAUCUAGAAAAUGAGGCGGCAUCAGGAACAUCGUUUACGAUUGUCGACCAGAACAAAAGUAACCGAAACAGAGCAUAAACUCGAUUCGAAAUUGGCGAGGACAAAUGCGAAUGGCCAAAUUGAUUGCAUCAUUUGCAAGGUCACUGUGAAAUCGGCCACGCUAUGGAAGGUGCAUGUGAAUUCGAAGUUGCACAAGGAGCGCUUAGCGAAGAUUAAACAAAUAAAAUCCGCCUUUAUAGGUGACAUGCCCCAAACAACUACGAAGUUGCCGACACCAACAACACAAGCGCCAAAAUCAGCAACCAAAACAGUGGAAACGCCGAAGGGCGCGAUUACAGUACAACAAAGCGCACCACAAAUAGUGCCAAAAGCAACGCCUACACCUGUCUCCACCGAAAAAGCCACAAGCGCCAAUGCUGUGGACACACUCUUGCCAGAGAAGUUCUUUGAUGAUCCCGUGAAGGAUGCAAAAAUUCGUAAUGCCGAAUAUAAAGACCCACAAGCGGAUGAGUGGGAUCGUUUUCAGCGUGAGAUUCGCGAAGCAUCCACUGUAUCGGUUGCCAUUAUUGCUGGUGAGCAGAUGGAGUCGGCAUUUGAUCGUGACUUGGAUGAGAUCAAUGAUCAAAUGAAACAUUGGUCUAGAUAUAUGAAUAUGGAGGCACGUAAGGGUGUGCUCAGUGUAAAGAAAGACCACAAAUCGGAAACACACAGCUCUGACGAGAAUGAAAGUGAUGAUGAGAUGGCAACAGCUUCAGAAUUUUCGGACUGGCGUUCGAAGUCAUUUCUGUAAUGGAAUGUGUGGAGGAUUAUCUGAUCAUUUCAAUGAAGUUACUUAUGUUUGUAACUAUAACAAAUAUGUUAUGUUCUUUAACAUCUGAAUGAUUGGAAUAAACUAUUUUUAAGACUUAUCAAAAAAGUUUCGAAGUUUUGUUUUUACGCUGCGGACAUUAAGUAAUCGUGAGCUGCGAGCCAAGAGAAACUGAUUUCGAGCUUUCGUAAGUACUAAAAUAGAUUUAAAAAGUUGGAAAUUCUUAACAGAGUUAUUUUUGGCAUCACAAUUGAAGGAAAGAACUGACGGGACGAUCGUGGCUCAACUAAGUUUGGCGCACUGCUGAGAUUACUAGCAAAGAAGUGAAAAAUCAAAAUAAUAUUGCGAUUGUUUUGAUUGGGAUCCUCACCUAUGCCCUUGUUUCGAGUAAAAACACAAUAUUCAGAAGGCGUCCUUGAAUUCGAAUCGAACGAAAGAGAAAAAGAGAGAGGGAGUGCUCAAAUUAAUGCCCAACCUACGACUGAAAUCAUAGGAGUAUUGAUAUAAUUAUAUAUUUUAAGGUCUUUACAUUUUGGAAUUCUUUGAAAUUCGAGUCUUCGAAGCGCCUGGAAUUUCCAUAUGAUUAACAAACACCCUAAAUGUAGGCAACAUCAUUUGCAUAUCAGCAGUAAAUGGAAUAUAUUAUUAUAUCAAAUUCAAAGUUUAUCUUAUAAAUAUUAAAUGAAAUAUAAACUAAAAUGAACCCAUUAUUGGUUCUUCUCGCUUAAUUGGUACCUUUGACCCUUAAGUAAUGACCUAUCAGCAGCUUGUAUGUUGUUGCUAUGCGUUUUUGCUUUCAUCUCUUUGUUGCAUUGUCUUCUUACGUUGUUGUUCUUAUUUUUGGUUGCUUUUCUGUUGCUCUCACUUUCCGUCACGAAUAUUUUUGUUUUUGCUUUUUUACUUUGCUGCAUUGAAGUAAAUUUCGUUGACUUUUCUUGAAGGCCAGUGACCCACCCAGCCAACAAGAAAAGUCGUAUCUACAAGAACAACAAUAACAAUAACAACAACAAAUAUUGGCAAUAUUGCACACAGCUGCACAGACAAACAUUUGCUCUUAUUGCCAACAAAGUAGCAGUUGAACGCAUUUAUUGCACAUGGCAAUGCUUUGUUGUUGUUGUUGUUAAGAAAAUAGUAAGUAGUAGUGGCGUAGAAUUUGAUUCUUCGCACUAAAGCUCCGGCGUUGUAUGAAAAAUACCUCCUUUGGGGGUUUUAUGCUGCCUUGGGUUACCUUCGUUCAUACUCUCUGUCCCUUUUCCCACUCUCUCUAUAUUUUGAACUGCUUCUUCUUUGUUCAUGUUGCUCCACUCUGAUUGCGUUUCUGCUGGCGUUAUUCGCAAUUCAUUCUGCUUACAUAUGUAUGUAUGUAUUAUAUAUAUACACGUGUAUAUCCCCAACAUCGGCGUGUGUCUCAAUUUACGGUACUGCAGCAAAAUGUUUAGCAAUUUUCUUUGUGCUCUUUGUUUGGCUUAGAAUGUUGGUGUGCGGAAAAUGCGUGCUUGUAUAUAGACCCCUUAACAUGUACAUAUGUACCUCGUGUACUUUCUUUAUAUAAUCUUUAUACAUAUACAGUUAUAAGUCUUUAGGUGCGAAAGUGCAUUGCAGAGCACCGUUUUUGUUGUGUGUGCUCUCUUCUUGGUGCUCAUGCAUAAUGCAGCAGGAGCAGCAGCAGCGGCGGCGGCGGUGGCAACAGCAUCAGCCAGUCGCCACAUGGGCGGGCGCGUGUCUGGCUGGGUUGCCUUUUUGGGCUGACACACGCAUGACUCGGGCGGGCGUCAAAAGCUCGUGUGCUUACACUUACAUACAUACAUACAUAAUGAAGUACAUAUCUGCAUGUAUGUUUGUGGCAACUAGAGCUGGCGCAUCGCCUUUUAAGCCACAAGUUCAGUGGCGUCUGUUUCUGUUACAUCCAGCUCUGCUUAUUUCAUUUAUUAUCAUCCAUUAUUUUAUUUUUGUUGUAUUUGUUUUUGUGGUUACUGAUGAGUAUGAUUAUCAUGAAGGCGAUUAUAAUUUACAGUAGCUCCAAAGGCAAUUCGGACUUAAUUAUUUUUGCGUAUAAUCAAACUCAAUUAUCUGAAGAAAAGCGAAAUUUACUCUCGUUCUCUUCGUACCUCGAAUGUACCAAUAUGGAUCAAAAUUUACAUUCGGCCAAUGAUCGGAAAGUAUUCGAAAACUAUUUGAGACCUGUCUCUACAACAACAACAACAAACUCGUUUUAAUAUUCAAUUCCGUAGAGGACGAUAGAGGACCACUUCAGGAUUUGGAACGCCAGUUACAGAGGAUUUCUUUGAGAUUGUGUUGAUAUUGGACAAGCGAAAAGGCUUCUACUUAUAGGAAAGAGGUUAAGCAAAGAAGUUGGCAAAGUCGAAUCGGAAGAACAGGCGUGAAGGAUAAUGAAACUCUAGAACAAUUCCUUUUAUAUUGCCCAACGUUCGAUCGACUGAAACGUAAUAUCUUCCACGGAUCCCAAUAUUUCAAUUUCAAAGAAAUUGGACAGCUAUGGGUGAAAAAGUUGACAUAUGAGGCUUAAUUUGGUAUUACUUGUUCCUAAUUAUGGCUUAGAUCUCGCGAUCUCCAUUUUGAACCAACUAAGAUUCGAGCGUAUUUCUGCCGAAAAAGAAUUUGAGAUUAUAGAAAAGAAUCCAGCAGAAGACAGCUACUGGCGUCCAAAAAUCAAUCAACCAUUUGAACACAUUCAAAAAACAAGUCAGACCUUAAUUUUAGAUCUUC